AUGAGCUGGAUGGACUCGUGGUCGCGCCCCUCCAAGUCGCAAGCGACGCCGGCGCCCUUCUACCUCCUCCCGCACGGCGACGCGACCCCCUACUGCCGCACCUGCGGCCGCGUCAUCUCGAGCCGCAAAUCCGCCGCGGCCGCCACCAAGAAGCCCGACGCCAGGAAGACCGAUGCCCCCAAGUACUGCUCCUCUCGCUGUCGCGGCCACAAGCCCGGCCGUCUCGACCGCGAGAUCGAGGCCGCCUUUGUACGCUUCCUGCAGCGCGACGAGGCGCUCGCCGAGACCGGCGCGCCGCGAAAGGCGACCAAGGGCGACGCGCGUCUGCUCGGUGCCGUGCGAUGCCGUCGAGAACCGCGUCUUCGGCAACAGGGCGGAUCCCGAAAGGUCUUUGCGAGAGACCGGCGUCGAGGCUGCGCGUCGGCGACGAGAGUGAUUCCUGGCGAGGCCAUCAUUGACGAGAUGCUCGGCCUCGCCAGGACCAAGUCUGCCGAGGUGGACCCCAGCGUGCAGGCCAGUCUAUCUGUGAGGAGCGGCACGCGCGUGAGGCCGCCGCAGACCAGGUCGCAAGUCAACGGCAGCGUGGGCGGGGAGAAGGGCAAGGCGGAGAGGGUGGAGGAGACGGAGGAGAUGCGGGAGAAGAGAAAUGAAGGCCAGAAGCGCGCCCACGAGAGGGAGCUCGUGAGGUGCGCGGCGCGCAGGGGUGUUGUGUUCGGGUUUGCUGUCGAUGGCCAGGAGGAGAGGAGGAAGUGCGAGGCUAUCAUGCAGGGCAAGGUCGUCGAGCCGAGCUUUGCAAAGGGCGACUGGGCAGUUCGAUGGCGUGAAGAGUAG